AUGUUGGUGGUACUGGACUCGUGGAUGGACGAACUGGCCCUCGUGGUGAUCGCCGCCGCGCUGGUGCUGUGGGUGUGCUACUUCCGGCACUUCAGCUACUGGACAGAGAAGGGCGCCCCCCAGUCGCGACCCUGGACGCCGUUUGGAAACUGUUACAAGUCCAUCGUGCAGAAACAAAUGCUGUCAGAGGACCUCGACGAACUCUACCAUAAGUUCAGAGAUAAGCGCUACGUGGGCUACUACCGUGGACUUGAACCCCGCCUGCUGGUCAUCGACCCAGAUCUCAUUCGUCAAAUACUUGUCAAGGACUUUGACUACUUCACCGACCGAGAACCUGUCCCUGUAGAUGACCCAAUACUGGAGGGUCAGCUGUUCUUUAUGAAGGGCGAUCGAUGGCGCCGUCUGCGCAACAAACUCAGCCCACUGUUUACCAGUGGCAAGCUGAAGAACAUGUUCCAGACGCUGAACGAGUGCGGCAGCGAGAUGGUGGAGGUGCUGGCGGACGCCGCGCGGGAGGGCAAGGUGCUGCAGUUCCGAGAGGUGUUCGCCCUCUACACCACGGAGGUGAUCGCCACGCUCGCCUUCGGCGUCAAGCUCAACUGCCAGAGAAACCCGGACUGCGACUUCAGGAUGUGGGGCCGCAUCCUCUUCCAGCCACGGGCCAGGCCCUUCAAGGAGAUCGCCACCGAAAUCUUUACGCCUCCGCUCAAGCGGUACUACGAUUCCAGAGCUCCUAGGAACAAUACACUGCAGUUUUUCGACAAUAUGGUGAAGGAGACAGUCCACGAUCGCUUAGAAAAUUCCAUCAGAAGGAACGAUUUCAUGGACCUGUUUAUCCAGCUGCACACGAAGGGUUUCGUCGAAGGCGAGAAGCAAGGAGGCACUGACUGGAAACUGUCGGAGAACGAAGUGUCGGCACAGGCCUUCCUGUUCUACAUCGCCGGCUUCGAGACGUCGUCGACCACGAUGAGCUUCGCUGCUUACGAGCUGGCAGUCAACCCGGACAUCCAGCAGCGGGUGCUGAAGGAAAUUGACUCCGUGCUGGCAGAGAGCGGCGAGAUCUCGUACGACUCUCUCGCGAAGAUGAAGUACCUCGACAGAGUGCUGUCAGGUAACACGCCCACUGUUAUCGCCGAGAAGGGCGCGCUGCUCGAGCCGGGCGUCGUGGUGAUGGUGCCCGCCUUCAGCCUGCACUACGACCCCACCUACUUCCCGGAGCCCCACCGCUUCGACCCGGACCGCUGGACCGACGAGGCCAAGGCGUCGCUGCACCCCUUCGCCUACAUGCCGUUCGGCGAGGGUCCGCGCUUCUGCAUAGGUAUGCGCCUGGGGCUGCUGCAGUCGAAGCUGGGCCUGGUGCACCUGUUGUCACACUACAAGGUGGACGUCUGCAGUGAGACGGACAUCCCUCUUCCGCUGGACCCCAUGGCUGCCAUCCUCGCCACCAAGAACGGCGUACACCUGAAAAUCACCAGUCGGAAGGCUGCCUAG